AGUAUCCUGAUUGCCAACCAACUGGAGAUGUUGGGGGUUGCAUUCCCACCUUUCUGAAGUGCCUGAAAAACUAUCACUCUUGCCUGACUAAAUCACUAUCACCAUGGGGGAAAGGAAAGGAGUCAACAAGUAUUACCCACCUGAUUUUGAUCCAGCCAAGCAUGGCUCCCUUAACAAAUAUCGCAAUAGCCAUCCGUUGCGGGAAAGAGCUCGUAAACUGUCCCAGGGUAUCCUCAUCAUCAGAUUUGAGAUGCCCUAUAAUAUUUGGUGUGAUGGCUGCCAGAAUCACAUUGGGAUGGGUGUUCGCUACAAUGCAGAGAAGAAGAAGGUCGGUAAUUAUUACACCACUCCUAUUUUCAG